UUUAUUCGUCUAGCUAGGGCUACGUAUAGUCCUAACAAGUCACAGUUGCUCAUUCUCAUUUCUCCCUUCUAAAAUCUAAACCCCAAAGGCAAAGUCUCGUUCCCUUCUGUGUCUGCUGUCGCCGCCGACGCUGUAACCUUCUUGUCUUAUUUUUCGUCGGCGUAGCUCAAGGCAACCGGUCGAGUCGAUUAUCAUGGACUCGGAGGCAAAUGAUGUUCCUCCAUCAGAGGUCGAAGCUAAUGAUGUUCCUUCGUCAGAGCACGCAGAAGAGGAGAAGUCUCAUCCUCAUACGGGAGAGGGAGCCAGUCCAGGAAAGAUUUUCAUCGGAGGUUUGGCAAAGGAGACAACUUCUGCUCAAUUUACGAAGCAUUUCGGGAAAUAUGGUGAAAUUACGGACUCUGUAAUAAUGAAGGACAGGAGGUCAGGGCAACCCCGUGGAUUUGGAUUUGUGACAUAUGCAGAUCCAUCUGUGGUUGACAAAGUCAUUCAAGACACUCAUGUUAUCAAUGGGAAACAAGUGGAAAUUAAGCGAACUAUACCAAAAGGAGCUAUUGGAUCUAAAGAUUUUAAGACAAAGAAGAUAUUUGUAGGUGGAAUUCCAACAGCAGUGACUGAAGAUGAGUUCAAAGAUUUCUUUGCAAAGUUUGGAGAGGUCAAGGAGCAUCAAAUCAUGCGGGACCAUGCUACUAGCCGUUCUCGUGGUUUUGGAUUUAUUACAUUUGAGACUGAGCAAGCUGUUGAUGAUCUCUUGGCCAAGGGCAACAAGUUGGAGUUUGCUGGAGCUCAGGUGGAGAUCAAGAAGGCUGAACCAAAGAAAGCUUCAAAUCCACUGCCACCACCAGCUAAGCGUUUUAACAAUCCUAGGCCGGCAUUUGAUGGUGGAUUUGGGGAUGCUUACGGUGGAUUUGGCGGUGGUGGUGGUGGCUAUGCUGCUAGCUCUUAUAGGUCAGGAGGGGGUUAUGGGGGUAGACCCGGUGCAUAUGGUGGAUACGGCGGGGGUGAAUUUGGUGGUGGGUAUGGAGGUUAUGCUGGUAGUGGAUUAGGAUCGUAUAGGGGAGAGCCAUCUCUAGGAUACUCAAGCCGCUAUGGUGGAAGCUUUGGUAGAGGUUAUGAUCUAGGAGGUGGUUAUGGUGGACCAGGUGAGGGCUAUGGAGGAUACGGUGCUGCUGCUGGUGGCUAUGGUGCUGGUUAUGAUGCUGGCCUGGAUGGUGCAUAUGGAGGUAGUGGUGGAGGUCCCUUGUAUGGGAACAGAGGUGGUUAUGGAGGUAGUGGAGGUGGUCGAUACCAUCCUUAUGCAAGGUAGUGAGAUCCAUGGAAGACGGUGGUUAUCCAGUGCAGCAGCAAAACAAGAACAAAUCUUCAAGUUGUAGCAUUAUUCAAUUUUACUGAACCGUGCUAGAUAAAUAGUCUGAUCCUUGCUUUCAGUGCUUUCUCCCCUUGGCUUAAAGAUUUCUGAGGAGAGGUUUAUAUCCAACUUGCGGGCAGGUUUACGUUACCUUAGCGAUUUCUUAUUUAUUGUUUUUUCGGCCUCCUCCUCCCCCUCUUCCCUUUUUUCUCCGUUUACCAAGAACAGAGGGCUGGCAUUUACUUGUGUCCGCUUUGUUUUUUCAAUCACCCUUUUUUCUUAUGUUGUUGCUAAGAAUUAAGUGAUAGAAGUUUCUAUUCCUGUAGCGGUUUAUGUGUUUUAUUCUAGUGUUGAGAUGUUUUCUUUUUCC